AUGACUUGGUCACAUUCGGUGCCUAACAGCGCCUUCGACAACGGCACAGGAUUCGUCGAUUCGAUGCGGAUUGCGCACCGGCAGAAAAGGCUCAUCGCGACAUGGUUUUCCAUGUUCGCCGUCCUGAUGCUGUUUCUGGCAGGUGGCACGUUUGCGCAUGCAGAUGCGGUGAAGACACCGGCGUCUGACUGUUAUUCGAGUUCCAAGUCGCCAUCGGUCCACGCCGCUGGAGCGCAUGAAACCAGCGGAUGCAAGUCCAGUACGCCAUCGCAAUCCCUGCAUUGUGGCGCCCAUAUUCUGUUGGCGCCGGCCGUCGCCGACUUGUCCGACACGACCGCAGAUCACACGCCAAUCGACUGGCCUGUCAAAGCUCUGACCGGUCGCUCGAACGCGCUGGAUCCGCCCCCGCCCAGAUAUCCUUCUUCCUUGAUCUGA